AUUUCCAAGUAGAAAGUGGCCGCUCGGGUGUUGCUAUGGAAACAAAGUGUCGCCGCCUUGUUUCUAAUCUAAGCACGAAAUCAUUACGAUUGCGUUGAAAAGGUUACAUUCUGUAUUCACCAUUAAAAGGUUCAAAAGUUAAAAGCAAGUUUUUAUCUAGCAUGGCGUAGAGUGCACAAUUAUAUUGAAACUUUCGAUACGAGAUCCAAGCUCUGAGUCUGUUUGAACGAUGGAGGGACUUUCGAUUAACGCCAGUUGCAAUCGCAUAACGUGUCUCGCUCGAGAAAAGGAAGAGAAGCGUGCUCAAGAGCGAAAGCGAAACCUACUGUACCUCGUUGCGGAUUUUCUACGAGAGCAAGGAUGCACCAAUGCUUGCGAAAUGUUCGUCAAGGAAGCGCAUUUAUCGCCAGAUAUCGAGGUCUGCGACAACAUAGACCUCGAGACCAUCUUACUCGAAUAUUCUGAGUACUAUUUUGCAAAGUUUAACAAGUAUCCGAAAAUCUGCAAAAAGGGCGAGGCAAGCUUCGCGAGUACCACAUCUCGAAAAGAUAAAAAUACCAAAAAUAUCAACAAAAGCUACCGCAAACCAGAGGAAGACAACAUCUCGACGAACGCAGUGGAGAAGUCUAAGAGCAACAAUUUAUCCAAAUCCGAGCCGAACUUUAAUAUCACCGUCACGCCACUUUUCCCACUCGGUAACUUACCAAUUGAUUUGUCUAAAAACAACACCAAUGAACCGGCAGAUCUGGACAAAUUUUUAAAACCACUGGGCAACCUUUACCCAUCGGGAUCUGAAUGGCGGGAAAUCGCAGAUAUUAUUGCAAAGGAGAUCGUCCUCGGAAAUUUAAACGUUCACUGGGACGACGUGAAAGGACUCGAGAACUGCAAAGAUCUUCUGAAGGAAGCAGCCGUUUAUCCACUUAAAUACCCAUGCAUGUUCAACGAGAAACUGACACCCUGGAAGGGAGUACUGCUUUACGGCCCUCCGGGAACAGGAAAAACGAUGCUGGCGAAAGCCGUAGCUACUGAAUGCAAAGCCACGUUUUUUAACAUUACUUCUAGCUCUUUGAUUAGCAAAUGGCGUGGUGAAAGUGAAAAAUACGUUCGCGUGCUCUCGGACUUGGCAAAGUUUUAUGCUCCGUCGAUUAUAUUCAUCGACGAAGUUGACUGGACAGUCAGUGGCGGAACUAACGAUGUGUCAAACAGCAAAUCCGAGCCAAGUCGAAGAUUCAGAGCGGAACUUUUAGCUCGAUUAGAUGGACUCUUGUCGAUGGAGAACGCCAACGUUUUGUUGUUGGCAGCUACUAACGUACCCUGGGAAUUGGAUACGGCUUUGCUGCGACGAUUGGAGAAACGCAUUUACGUUGAUCUUCCCAAUGAACAGGCCAGGAAUCAGAUUUUCAAAACUUAUUUGAAACCGCAGUUGUUGGAAAAACCGCUGUACAGUAAAAUCUUGAAAAAUACCAAUGGUUACUCGUGUGCAGAUCUCAAGCUCUUGUGCAAGGAAGCCUGGAUGAUGCAAUUGCGCCCUGUAUGGGCUUAUUUGGAAAAUGAAAAUCUGUCUCUCAAGGAUUACAAAAAUGACGAAGGAAUCAAUGAUCUGAGUCAUCUUGUCCAUGCAAUGACUAUCAUCAGGCCUAUCGCUCAAAGUACUCAAUCUAAAUACGAAAUAUGGGACAAGAGUUUUACAAGAGAGCCCAUUGAAUGUGAAAAUGACAGGAAUUCAAAUGCAAGCAAGGUUGUUAGCAAUGAAUCGACGCACAGAUACUUGUGUAAUUACAAACUAGCAGCAAAAUCGAAUUUCAGACCUGACAAUGAUUCUGAUCAUAAAAGAAAUUUGAGUUCCAGACGUGAAAGUGAUUGUGAACGAAAAGAUAAUUUAGAUUACAGAAUGCCCAAGGUGUCGGAUGUAAUGCUAUGCAGUGAUACAGAAGACAAUGGAUCGCUUGAAGAAUAUUAGAGCUGUGACUUGUGAUUACUUAGAAUAAAUUUCCACUCUUUUUGUAUAAAAAGUAAUUUAAUUAAAAAUUAACUUAUGGAUACUUUACAUGAAAAAUAAAAUUUUAAGUUUUCCUUCGA